AUGGGAGUGUGUCAAUCGUGUUGCGGAGGGAGAUCCCGCGAUGGACUCUACGAGCCAGUCCUCGCCGACAGCGAACGGGAGGCUGUCGCCGACCUCCUCCAGUACCUGGAGAACCGCGGUGAAACCGACUUCUUCUCGGGCGAACCUCUUCGAGCUCUAAGCACUCUCGUCUUCUCAGAAAACAUCGAUCUUCAACGCAGUGCUAGUCUUACUUUUGCCGAAAUCACAGAGCGAGAUGUUCGCGAAGUCGACCGCGAUACCCUCGAGCCCAUCCUCUUCCUGUUGCAGAGUCCUGAUAUCGAAGUUCAGCGCGCCGCCAGCGCAGCCCUGGGAAAUCUGGCCGUAAACACCGAGAAUAAGGUUUUGAUUGUCCAGCUCGGCGGACUUACGCCUCUUAUCAGGCAGAUGUUGUCGCCAAAUGUCGAGGUGCAAUGCAAUGCCGUCGGCUGCAUUACCAAUUUGGCCACACAUGAGGAGAACAAGGCCAAGAUUGCGCGGUCCGGCGCGUUGGGUCCUCUGACGAGGCUGGCAAAAUCCAGGGACAUGCGGGUUCAGAGGAACGCAACUGGAGCUUUGUUGAACAUGACACAUUCGGAUGAGAACCGCCAGCAGCUCGUUAACGCCGGAGCCAUCCCCGUCCUGGUUCAACUCCUGUCCUCGUCAGACGUUGAUGUGCAGUACUAUUGCACAACCGCUCUCAGCAACAUUGCAGUCGAUGCUAACAACCGACGCAAACUUGCACAAACCGAAUCGAAGCUUGUCUCUUCGCUCGUCACUCUCAUGGACUCCUCGUCACCCAAAGUUCAAUGCCAGGCAGCACUCGCACUUCGUAACCUGGCUUCGGACGAAAAGUACCAGCUGGAUAUUGUGCGGUCUAAUGGUCUGGCUCCGUUGUUGCGGCUCUUGUCGUCGUCUUAUCUGCCUCUGAUCCUUUCCGCCGUCGCCUGCAUACGCAACAUUUCCAUUCACCCAUUAAACGAGUCGCCCAUUAUCGAAGCUGGCUUCUUGAAACCGUUGGUGGACCUGCUGGGAUCGACCGAGAAUGAGGAGAUUCAGUGCCACGCCAUAUCGACGCUGAGGAACCUGGCGGCCAGCUCUGAUCGCAACAAGGCACUGGUCCUCGAUGCUGGUGCGGUUCAGAAGUGCAAGCAGUUGGUGCUGGACGUCCCGGUUACGGUCCAGUCCGAGAUGACGGCUGCGAUUGCUGUUUUGGCUCUUAGUGAUGAGCUGAAGUCGCACCUCUUGAACUUGGGUGUCUUUGAGGUCCUCAUUCCCCUCACCCAUUCUCCCAGCAUUGAGGUGCAGGGCAACAGCGCUGCAGCCCUCGGCAACCUCUCUUCAAAAGUUGGCGAUUAUGCUGUGUUCGUUCAAGACUGGAAAGAGCCUAACGGCGGUAUCCACGGAUACUUGACGAGAUUCCUCCAGAGCGGCGACGCGACGUUUCAGCAUAUAGCAAUCUGGACUCUGCUCCAACUGCUCGAGUCGGAGGACAAGAACCUCAUCCAGCUGAUCGGCCAGGCCCAGGACAUUGUCGACCAAAUCAAGGAGAUCGCCAACCGCCAAAUUGAGCCUGACAACGAGUUCGAAGAUGACGACGAGGGCGAGGUCGUGAACCUGGCACAGCGUUGCCUGGAGCUGCUUGGCCAGAGUGGCUCAAAGUCUCAUAUCGAGGGCUAA